AAUACAUGUACGUCAGUACCAGCACUUGCAGACCAUGAAGGCCCAACGUUUGUUUGACGAGACCACAGAUCUGAGACGUAUUAUCUGUCUGUACACACUUGUAGCAGCUAUAACCGGAGAUCAGACAGAUGGUGCAACAUGCCGGGAUUCAAGUCCAUCGUUAUGUAUCAAUAGUCGUUGUGGACAGCCAGGUAUCGCUGAACACUGCCGGAGGACGUGCGGUCUCUGUAACGUAACGGAUUGUGCAGUAGGUAUGUACAGGACUGGCGACUCCUGCACCGAAUGUCAGAGACAAACUCAGGAUGACCAUGAUGAAUGUACCAGAACGUGUCCGGUAACGGGAAGAUGGGGAGAAGCAUGUAACAAACGAUGUGGAGUUGGAUGCCGGAGUCUGGUGUGCUAUCAGUGGUCAGGGGAGUGUGUCCAUGGUUGCAUUGGGGGUAAAUAUGGACAACGAUGUGACCUCGCCUGUGAUCAUUGUGGUGUCUGUGGCGAUGGAGUCUCGAACUGUGCCCGUGAAGAUGGUUCUUGUAUCUGUGGGUGUUCAGGAAACUUUUACGGAGUUAAAUGUGACAAACAUUGCAAUAGCAAGUGUCUAAAUACAUCCUGCAAUGGCACAACAGGUGCAUGUACACAUGGGUGCAUAGAGGGUAGGUUUGGAUGGCAGUGCGACACAGCCUGCAGUGCCACUUGUCUUCACCGUACAUGCUACCAGAAUGGAUCAUGCAUGACGUGUGUACAGGGAUAUCAUGGUGAACAAUGUCGGGAGAGGUGUUCCAGGAACUGUGGUAGUGAGACAUGUAGUAGAGAUGGGAGAUGCAGUCCUUGUAAACCUGGCUACUUCAAAACACACUGCCAGGAGAAAUGCAGCGACAAUUGUCUGAACGAAACAUGCAGUCAGAACACCGGGAAAUGUGAUUAUGGUUGUGUUUCGGGCUGGCAUGGUGACACCUGUUCUGUUAAAUGUCCUGAGAACUGUGCUACCGACAAGUGUAACAGAGACAAUGGUUCAUGUUCAGAUGGAUGUGUAGCUGGUGCUUACGGUCAGCACUGUACCCUCACAUGCAGUAGCAACUGUACAGACAUGGAAUGUUCCACUACCGACACAGGUAGAAGCAAACCUGUCUGUACUUUGGGAUGUCAAGCAGGACUGUGGGGAGAAUACUGUGACAAGGAGUGUCCCGACCACUGUUCAGUGUGCAACAGAAGUACUGGGUCCUGCCUUGAAUUUUCAGUGUCCUACGACUCCUACGUCCAGUCCCUUCACAGACUUGUCGUCGUCUUGUCAGCAUGUCUCGGUGUUCUCAUCCUUGUCAUUGCCGUCAUGAUCGUCAGGAGGAGAGAGUGUACGUCUUGUCCGGGUUUCCACGGAGGUAUAUCACCAAUCAACCCUGACAGCAGACCAGAAGAAAUCUCACUGCAUGAGUUUAAUGUAUCACGCAACAGUGAAAAUUCUCAGUAUGAUGUGAUCCGGGAUAUAAAUAACGACGUCGCUGUGGAAGAGAGAGACUACGAACAACUGCAAGCACCCCGACCAGACACUGGCUACAUGCCGUUAUUGGCAACGACAAUACAUGUACGUCAGUACCAGCACUUGCAGACCAUGAUGGCCCAACGUUUGUUUGACGAGACCACAGAUCUGAGACGUAUUAUCUGUCUGUACACACUUGUAGCAGCUAUAACCGGAGAUCAGGCAGAUGGUGCAACAUGCCGGGAUUCAAGUCCAUCGUUAUGUAUCAAGAGUCGUUGUGGACAGCCAGGUAUCGCUGAACACUGCCGGAGGACGUGCGGUCGCUGCAACGUAACAGAGUGUGCAGUAGGUAUGUACAGAACUGGCGACUCCUGCACAGAAUGUCAGAGAAAAACUCAGGAUGACCAUGAUGAAUGUACAAGAACGUGUCCGGUAACGGGAAGAUGGGGAGAAGCAUGUAGCAAACGAUGUGGAGUUGGAUGCCGGAGUCUGGUGUGUUAUCAGUGGUCAGGGGAAUGUGCACAUGGUUGCAUUGGGGGUAAAUAUGGACAACAAUGUGGCCUCACCUGUGACCUCUGUGGUGUCUGUGGCGAUGGAGUCUCGAACUGUGCCCGUGAAGAUGCUUCUUGUAUCUGUGGGUGUUCAGGAAACUUGUACGGAGUUAAAUGUGACAAACAAUGCAAUAGCCAGUGUCUAAAUACAUUAUGCAAUAGCACAACAGGUGCAUGUACACAUGGGUGCAUAAAGGGUAUGUUUGGAUGGCAGUGCAACUCAGCCUGCAGUGCCACAUGUCUUCACGGUACAUGCUACCAGAAUGGAUCAUGCAUGACGUGUGUACAGGGAUAUCAUGAUGAACAAUGUCGGGAGAGGUGUUCCAGGAACUGUGGUAGUGAGACAUGUAGGAGAGAUGGGAGAUGCAGUCCUUGUAAACCUGGCUACUUCAAAACACACUGUCAGGAGAAAUGCAGCGACAAUUGUCUGAAUGAAACUUGCAGUCAGAACAACGGGAAAUGUGAUUAUGGUUGUGUUUCGGGCUGGCAUGGCGACACAUGUACUGUUAACUGUCCUGAGAACUGUGCUACCGACAAGUGCAGCAGAGACAAUGGUUCGUGUUCAGAUGGAUGUGUAGCUGGUGCUUACGGUCAACAUUGUACCCUCUCAUGCAGUAGCAACUGUACAGACAUGGAAUGUUCCACUACCGACACAGGUAGAAGCAAACCUGUCUGUACUUUGGGAUGUGAAGCAGGACUGUGGGAAGAAUACUGUGACAAAGAGUGUCCCGACCACUGUUCAAUGUGCAACAGAAGCACUGGGUCCUGCCUGGAAUUUAGUUCCAGUCAGCGGACUACCCAGAUUCUCGGGUCGGCAUUGCCUUGUAUCUUCGUCAUCGUUCUACUCGUUCUCGUGGUGUUUGUCCGUAAAAGGAAUACAGUUAAAAAUAUAUCGAAGAGAAGACAAGGAUUCCGCAACGAUUCUGCAAACAAUUCAACAACCAAGCCACUGAUCUACCCAUCCCAUCAACUUACUCCUAGAGAAUCAACUGAACACUAUGAGGAUGGUGUCUCCUUACCCACGGAUAAAGCACAAAAGAGCAACGGAAAUGUCAUUGUCCACGUUCAUGCGUCCAGACAUUCUACAUUGUCGCUGGAUGAAGAAGGAUGUGGAUCUGGUUUUGACCCUCGCCCAUGCUACGUGCCCGACUCGUCACCCUCGAGCAGUCUGUGGCCAACGGAGGUCUCUGUCCAAGGCUUGAGAAAAUAUGUUGAACACAUGAGGAGGCCUGGUGGUUUCUCCACACAAUGUACAGACCUUCCGCGUGGCAAGCUGGGUUCCUGUUAUCAAGCCGAAUUACCAGAAAAUACUGUCAAAAACAGAUAUAGGAAUGUAUUACCCUAUGAUCAUUGCAGGGUCAAACUUAGUCCUAUCCCAAACAUCCCUGGAUCCGACUACAUCAACGCUAGCUACAUAAAUGGAUAUGGGGAACCACAGGACUAUGUAGCUACACAAGGGCCUUAUGAAGACGUUCUUCGAGACUUCUGGAGGAUGCUAUGGGAGAUAGAUGCCAGUAAAAUAAUCAUGCUAACAAACUGUGUAGAAAACAGAAAGGCUAAGUGUGAUAAGUACUGGCCCGACUUCGGCCAGCCAGGCUCUGACUAUGACGAUGUCCAUGUCCAAUGUGUAGCUGAGGAGGAGCUGAUGAACUACACAGUCAGGACGUUCUCUGUACACAGGGAGGCGGAGUUACCUCGGAGACUGAAGCAGUACCAUUUCACAGCGUGGCCAGAUAAAGAAGUGCCAGAAGAUGUCGGGACGCUGGUGGACUUCCACAGACUGGUCAAGAAAGAACAGUCGACUGGGAAAGGCCCAGCGGUUGUCCAUUGCAGUGCUGGUAUAGGCCGAACUGGGACCUGGAUCGCUCUGGACUAUUUGAUCCAACAAGCCAAGGCGGAAGGUGUGGUUGAUGUCUUUGAGUGCAUUGUCAGGCUCCGGCAUCAGCGUAUGAAUGUAAUACAGACAACGGAGCAAUAUGUGUUUCUCCAUGAGGCCCUAAUGGAGGCGCUCCCGUCAUGUCACAGAAUGACCUCCAGUCUCGUCGACAACGGUACUGGGGAUUACGAAAACGUUGAGAGGCGUCAACAGUCUAAGAGGAACCAGUUUUUGGAUCAAGAUGCAGAUGUUGAUCACCAUGACAACAACGUACUGCCAGACAUUCCCUAAACGAAACUGUCGUGACAAACGAUAGUUGUCACCAGAGCUACCGGCCGGUAGAUUGUGCUUCCACCAUAUACAUGCAGGGACACUAGGGGUCGGUAGAAAAUAACAGGUUCCUGGUAUCAAGCGUGUUUUCAACGUGUUUCAGUUUGACUGAACCACCUAUGUGUCACUACAUAUCCCACCCAGGACUAAUGCUGGUUUCUAGUGAUUUGUAGCCCACUGAGACCCCAUGAUGUAGUUGAACACUGCUUCCACUCAGACACAAUAUGCAGCCAGUCCUCGUUUCAUCCCGUCAAUGUCAGGCUUCCUAGGCAACAAAAGUAUUAUCAUUUGUCGCGUUUCGGUAUGACACGGACGGCAGUCGAACCACCGAGUUCCGGGAUCCAGACACGCUCUACCCACAGGACUACGGAUGUCGACUCCUGAGAGAGAGAUAUGUGGACAUGGAGUAUUCGCUUUAUGACAGUUAUAGCUGCACACAGUAGACAGUCACAUGUGAUUAGUUUCGAAACCCAUCCCGUGAACAUCCGUUUUAACCAAGUCAUGGAUAUUUGGACACAAGCUACAAGAUGACCACAUUAAUGUCUAAUCUUGGCUUUUCAAUAGAUAGAAGCGACAAAGCAAAGUCCAUCAGAAUAUUCACAUUUUGUCAAAUCUCAAUGUGUAAGUCAGUCAUUAUAUUCAAUGUGUAAGUCAGUCAUUAU